AUGUUAAUUAUUGAGGGUGUCUGCUCAGAAAAAUUGAUUCUCACUUUUCUUCUAUUAUCCGCCUUCUUUUGCGGAUUGGGGUAUUUCCUGGACUACAUCACACGUUCAGUUUACACAAGGUAUGCUACUAAUGCGUACGACGAGCACUCAUUACUAUCUACAAUUGAGGUCGUUAACAGUGUUGUAAGUGUUGGCCCCCAAAUUGUUUUUGCCAGACUUUCGGAUGUUUUUGGAAGGCUUCAACUUUUUCUGAAGGGCACAGUACUGUAUGUCAUUGAAAAUUUCAUUUAUCCACAGCUCACAACAUCAGAGCCUAUGCGGUAGGUGCGGUUAUCUACAAUACCGGUUAUGUUGGGCUAUCACUCUUGCUGCCUUUAGUUCUAUCCGACAUAUCACCUCUGAAGUGGAGAAUCUUUUAUAAGUUCGCCUCCUCCUAGCCCUGUAUCGUAAUUUGCUGAGUUUCUGGUGAUAUCAUGCAAGGUGCUAAGCAACAGAUAAAUGGUCAUGGAUUAUUGGGAUGUGGGCAUUCACUUUCAUCUUUUCAGCCUUAUUAUUAAUAGGCUUCGUGGUAUAGGCCACUUUGAAAGCAUCAAAGAGAAAUGAAUGGAAGGAGCUACAAGAAUUGAAGCCACGAAACAACUUCGGUCUUGUUGCCUUCAUCACCGAUUUGUGACAUUAAAGUGACGUAUUGAGGAUAUUUCUUGUCACGAGUGCGUUGAGUUGUAUCCUCGUUCCACUGCCGUUGGCUGGUGGUACGUCAGAUAUAUGGCAAGAGCCGGGUAUUUUUGCAAAUUUGAUCGUCGGCGUCCUGCUUUGGGUGCUUUUCUUGAUCCAGGAUUGAAAGUAUGCUCUAAACGCGGCUUUGCCUUUCCUUCUUUUCAGAGAUCGAGGAGUAUGGGCUGCGCUCUUGGCGGCAUUCCUGGAAAAGAUGAUCAAUGUCAUGAUUUCCGUAUACUUGUCCCCUGUUCUUUCUCUCCGUGAAUGAGUCGACUAUGUCAGCAACAAAAAUAGUUUGGCUUCCAACCUUUGUGGCAUGUACAAACUAAUUAUUCUUUGGGCUUGAAGUAGUUCGUGCCAAGUUGCUCAAAGUGUUCUCUAUUUGUGGUACUUGUCUGUGGAUAGUUUCAAUUUGACUUUUUUUUAUCAAUACAGAGGAGGUUCUGGCUCUCACUUAGGUGUAAUUGGUGCUUCUGUUGUACUGGGUAUUGGAAGCGCCAUUUUUACGCAGUCAAUGAUUGUCGCGCUUCUCACUAUGGCUUCUCAUGAUAACAUGGCAAUUAUGACUGAUUUGUAUUUCAUGUUUGCUCAAGUUGGCGCAGCAAGUGGUGCAUCCAUAUCAGGGACAAUCUGGACUUAAAAGAUGUAUAAGGAGCUUAUGAACCGCCUUGAAGACGACAGACUCGCUAUGGCUGCUUUUUUCUCUCCUUGCGAAUUUGUAGCUUUAUACAAAUGAAGAGCCGCAGAAAGAGUCAAGGUAGUACUGGCCUAUCGCCAUGCUCAAAAGUUAACAAUGAUUGUGAGUCUCGUUUUAACUGCUCCUCUACUGGUGAUUGUCCUUUUCACUAUGGACAGGAAACUGGGUGAAAGCAUAGCAGAAAAAUCAUGCCCAAAAGACAAGGACCCAAUGUACACUUGG